CAACAAAUGUCGUCGAUUGGUCGAGCAUUCAGUGCUUUGCAGAAGGGAAAUACCCUAGCUCAUUCCGCAUUAUCAUAUCGUUCAUUUCAAUCAUCGGCUAUUGUUUGCGCCAAAAAGCACCCAAAGCAAAUCAGAAAAGAAAAUUUGGCAAAGCGAGCUGCCAUUGUUACUGAAUACGAAAAGUCCAAGCCAUCACCCGUUGUAGCAGCACCAACCCCCUUCUAUGCUUCUCUUCACACUUCCGAAACCGUCAGCCGAGCUACAGACACAUACCAACAUGGUUUGACCGCCGAAGACGCUGUGCUGUUGUUUGAAAAAGCUCCUCAAGCAAUUACAGACAUUACAAAGAGCUCUGUCGUCCGUAGCAAGGAGGAAGCUUUGAAGGUUGAACAACAAAAGGCAGAUAUUGUCAAGCAAAUCGUGAGCUUGCAGAAUGCAAACGCAAAGGCUAUCCAGCUUUGGAACGUUCAACGAUGCAUUGAGUGGUUUGGCCGAAAAGAGGGUGACACUGGAAGCCCUGAAGUUCAAGCUGCCAUUCUCUCUGUGCGAAUCCAACAUUUACAUUCACAUCUUCAACAGCACAAGAAGGAUAGACACAACUAUCGACAGCUUCGCUCUAUGGUCCACCAGCGUGCAAAAAUCCUCAAGUAUUUGAAGAACAAGAGCUUGACAAGAUAUAACUCAUGUUUAGAACAGUUAGGUUUGCAACCCAGAGCUGUUGAAGGCGAGAUUAUUGUAUAGACAUCCAAAAUGUAAAAGUCAUAAUAGAAACCAACCAUUAAAAAUGAUGAAGAUCCUUUGAUAUUGAAAACCUUUAUAAUCAUGUUUGAAAACAUGCUUAAAACUAUAAU